AUGCUGCCUCGCCAUCGGCCUUUCCCUGAUCCCUCCCAUCCUCAUCCUCGACACUUCCUACCCACAAUAUCCAAUGCACAAAACUCCCGUGGCUCCUCACCACCUAUCUCGCAUCCACCACCUUUGCACUGCUCCACACUUCCCUUUGCAUACUCAGCCCAACACGAAAGAGCCAGCGCCAUCCUUUACCGUGCUGUUCCUCCUCGCAGCUCCUUCAGCCACCCCACCUCCUUGCCAACCGACCCGUGCUCUCAGCAUUGCUACGAUCACCGUCUCGUGUGCGCUACUCCAUUCAGCCUCGAUCGCGAGUCUCUUUCGUCUCGGCCAGACCAGCACCACCACCACGACGACGACCACGACGACGACCGCAGUCAAGCCCGUAGUAGCACCCACCGAGCGCACCUUGCACCUGGCCUCACAGCCUCCGAUCGCCGCCACACCUCGCUCACUCGUCUCCCCUUGCUAUCCACCACUAUGACGGCGACAGCCCCCGUCGAUUUGCUCGCGCGCAUUGGCCCCGCUAGUGGCAUGCACAGCCCCUUUUCGAUAUCCCAUCCGCUCUUAGCUCGCGACGCUCCACCUUCUUCAUCCUACUACUCGAGCUCAACGCCAAGAUCUCCCUUUUCCUCCUCCCUCGGCCCCUCCAACGACGUCGGUGCACCCAAAAACGCCGCUUUGCUCGAUGCGCUCGCCGGUCCAUCCAGUGCCAUGCACCCCUCGUCCUCUUCCUACUCCUCUUACUCCCCCUACUCCUCCUCUGCCUCGAUCUCCGCAGCCAGCCCUUCUAACCUUGAGUUCAGGCAAAAUUCAGCCUCAGCCAUCUCUGCUAGUGGCAAUUUCGGUGGCUCUGCCGCCUCCUCGAGCACCAAUGGCACCUCUCUCGGCCAGUCUGGCUCAAGUAGCGGCGCAAAUCGUGGCUCAGCAGAUCGCGACCGCUCACAGCGCAACAGCGGAGCCGGCGAUGGAAGCGAUGCAGGAGGAAACGGCGACGACGGUUCCAAGGAUGCCGGCGAAAAGGACAAAUCCAAAAAGGCCAAUCCGCUUGUCGAUCUGCUCGAGACCGAAGCCGCCUACGUUUCCGAGCUUAGCAAGGUCAUCAAAAAGGUGGCCGCAGCCUGGUCUCGCUCCAAUUUCCCCCCACCCGAACUCGACACCAUGUUUCGCAACAUCGAAUCUGUCUACCGAGCCAAUCGCAACUUUCUCAAGGCGCUCAAAGAGAUCGGCCCCAACCCUUCCUCACCCAAAGCGCUCGGCGAUCUGCUCAUGAAGUGGAUCGACGACCUCGAGGCGCCCUACACCCGCUUCUGCGAAAACUACCUAGCCGACUUUGACGCUUGGUCUACCGUCCAGUCGAAUCCGCGUCUAUCCAAGCUCCUCCAAGAGGUCUCGGGUGCCACAGACGCCCAAGGUCGUCCCGUCAUUUUCAGCGACCGAAAGCGCGAUCCCAACGAGCCAUGGACGCUCGAUGCUCUAUUUGCGCUACCGCACAUCCGUCUCAAAUACUACAAGAAGCUCUAUUCACGCCUCCUCAAAAGCACACAACCGGGCAGAAGCGAUCACCGUCUCCUCGUACGCGCCAACGAGAAGCUCGACGAGCUCGUUGACAAGUCCAAACGCCGGCUCGCAGUUUCGGUCCUCGACGAGGCUGCCGGUCGCGAGUCACGCGAUAGCUCCUUUGCCGAUAGCAACGUCACCAGUGAAACCUCACCGCGCGAUCGUGUCUCAUCUGCCACCUCGGCUUCCGAGUCGCAGUCGCCCAGUGUGCACCCCGUCCAGACAUCCGUCACCAAACCAUUUCCUUCUCCUCCUCGCGUCUCGGCGGCAGAGCCAAGCAAUGGUUCCAACACCGGCCCUGUCUCCUCUGUACUUCGAGCAUCAACACCGCCAGGCAUCCCACUGCUCGGAGCACCACCCACGGCCCAGCUCAAUGGCCUCAGUAUCGACCAGCCCACCAUCUCGUCUCGGCGCCCUGACUUGAUCCGUGUCAACUCUGAAACGGUGAGCGUCCACGAAAGCGGCUCACAGACGGCUGGCGAGCACGUUGCAUCGUCACGCACCAACUCGCUCUCGCAGCCCAUCGAGCUGCUCGAGAAGCGCCUCGAAACUUCCAGGACGCUCGACAUUUUUACCAUGAAGCCCAAAAAGUGCCAGCUCCAGAUGAACCCGCCCAACUUGCCCUUUGCUCGCUUCAUGCGCAAGUCGGCUGACGUUGUGAUCCACUUUACUCCCUCCAGUGGCGCUCCCGAAAUCAGUAUCCGCAGGGCGCACAUGUUUUUGCUGACCGACCUCUUCUUGGUCUGCGAGCGCAUGACCCCAAGCGAGAAGGCCGAGCUUUCCAAAGGCGGCGUGGGUCCCGACAUGUGGCUUCUAUACCCGCCCCUCGCCGGCAAGCAUCUGCGCGUCACCGACCUGGGUGGACAGGGCAACGUCUUGUCCAUCACCAUCCUCAAAAAGGAAAAGCUGAUCGUACAUACCGACUCUCGCGAGGCAAAAGAGGAUUGGCUCGAGCAUUUCGCCGACUGCCAAAAGUUUGCGGCCAAUCUUGGUCUCAAAGUCAAGACGGGCGCCACCAGCGCAUCCACCCCGUCUGCAAGCAGCAACAGCAACAGCAGUGGUAGUGUUCCUUCCGGUGCUACAUUGGGCUCCGGAGCGCCCAUUCUUACCACACCUGCACUCUCUCCUGCCAUUUCCAUCACGCCCUCUUCCACGCAUGGACACGAUGAGAUCGUAGAGGUGCCAGCAUCCUUGAGCCAGGAGGCAGCCAAUUCGCCUGUCAUGAAUUCGGAUCUUUCCAGACAGGCUUCGUUCAACUCGGUCGCAUCGUUCCCCAAGGGGCCUGCGAUGAACUCACCAGAUCUCAACGUUUUUCCACCUGGCAGCAAUUCGGCUUUCUCGCCUCGUUCGCCUUCCCCUUCGCAUUUCGCGCCCGGCAGUGGUCCCAGUGGUCCACGAGGUUCGCCGAUGAUGCGUCCUGCCAUCAUUUCGCCUAGCAACGGUGCAUUUUCCCCUGAAACGAGCCCAGCGUUUGGCCCUGCGCGCUACGGUCCUGGCGCGGUUGGCCCCAACGGACCUAACGGACCCAUCAACAUGGGACGGCCACCAUUGAUGCAAGAUCCCAACAUGCCACCUCGCUCGCUAGGCGCUAUGAGAGCACCUGGUGGACCCAACGGACCCGGCGGACCCAUGCCGUUUCCACGUGGGGGGCCUAGUCCAGUUCCUGGUCAGAUGGCCGGUGGCGGCCCAGGUAACAGUCCUGGUUUCGGCCCAAUGCAUGUUCGACCGGGAAUCGGACCGGGACCAGGACUGGGAACGAUGGGGCUUGGUGGACCACCCUUUUUGAAUGGUGCGCCGCGCCCACACAUGGGACGAAUGGCUGCUGGCGCUACGGGGCCUCAAGGCGCACCUGGUGGUCCUAUCUGGGCUCCAGGAUCGUCUCGUCCUCCGCCUAACGGUAUGCCGCCACGUGAAGCCAUGAGAAGGCCGUCUGCGCCCAACCUUCGCCAAGCAUCGCACGGUUCGUCCGGCGGUGGACGCACGUCGGACGAAGGCGAUGGAGGUCGAUCGUUUAUCCGCACGCGUUCGGUCUCGAGCACUGGGUCCACGGCGCCCAAACUUCCCUCGGCGAUGAUGAAGGAAGGUCGCGAUCGAAGCGAGCGCGGUACCGAUGUCUCACCGCCCAGUAGCCCUGUCUCGAAGCGACAAGGGCCAUUCCGCAGCACGGUCUCUGCGCAGAUGCGAUGUAAAUUGUUCCUCAAGCAGAGUCACGCGCAGUGGAAGUCGUUGGGCAACACCAGGCUGAAGCUCUACCACAUUUUGCCGGAUGACAUCAAACAGUUGGUGGUGGAAAACGAUCGGAAAACGCUCAUCUCGACGAUUGUACUGACGGAUGGCGUGGAGCGCGUCGGCAAAGUGGGGGUGGCGGUCGAGUUGAGCGACCAGGGGAAUAGGACAGGUAUCAUUUAUAUGCUGCAGAUGCGAAGCGAAGAGUCGGCUGCAGGCUUGUUUGGCCAAUUGUUGGAGGGCAGUGAUCGAACCGCAGCGGCGAUCUCGAUGGGUGGCAGUCUUGCGUGA